UUUAUUCAAAUCAGCACCCAAAUGUCUUCCACCAUAAUCUUGUCUUCUCCUCCUGUUCCACUCUCAAUCUUGCAUUUUUUAUCCUUUCCAUGUGGAACUCUUAGCAAGGGUGUAAACAGAGGAUGUGCGACACUAUUAGCUGGUGUUUUAGGGGUUGGAGGUCAUCAUUUAGCUACUGCUUUUGGAAAAAAGGGAGAACCCAUUGUCCUUGGAGCCCUUGUUUUCAUUCUAGGGAAAAGAAGAACUUCCUGUGAAGCAAAAGGAAUGAAGAUGGUAAGUGGAUGCAAAAAGGAGAAAAAGAAAAAACAGUAAUCUUGAUACUGAAUGAACCUUAAUAUUUUGCGAGUCCGUCAACAACAUGGUGAGUCGAUCAAUCCCCAAACCCCAACCACCAGUUGGAGGCAGACCAUACUCGAGAGCCGUACAGAAGGUUUCAUCUAAGGCCAUUGCUUCAUCAUCACCGG